AAAAAGGUUUACCUCAUUGGCUUUACUGGAACCUGACUUUAACAACCCCUCUCGACUGUUUAAAGAAGUUUGUUGUUUGCUGAAAUGGGUACACUGGAGUUUUGGGUGGUCUUGACUGUUCUUGGCUUUACUUUACAAGCUCAGCUUCUGAAUUCUCAGAACUUCACGUGCAGUUCAAAUGACUUGAAGGCAUUGAGGGAUUUCGUGAGUGCUGUGGAAUCACCUAUUGGUGGGUGGGACACUGAUUCAUCUUCCAAUUGCUGCAAUUGGGUUGGGAUCACAUGCAAGUCUUCAUCUUCUCUUGGACUAAAUGACCCACUCAACUCCAGUAGGGUUGUUCAGGUGGAACUUGGACAGAGAAGACUAAUGGGAAAACUUUCAGAGUCUUUAGGAAGUUUGGACCAGCUUAGAACCCUCAAUCUCUCUCACAAUUUCCUCCGUGGCUCACUUCCGGUCUUACUGUUACAUUUGCCCAGAUUAGAGGUUUUGGACUUCAGCAACAAUGACCUCUCAGGCUUCUUUCCGAUAAGCAUCAAUCUAGCUUCAAUUCAAAUUUUUGACAUUUCAAAAAAUUUCUUUCGGGGUUUGGUUCCUGUGGGUAUAUGCAAUAACGCUGCCCAACUUUCGUCUAUUGAUUUGGCAUUGAAUUAUUUCUCUGGGAAUUUACCACUAGGAUUUGGGAAUUGUAGUUCAUUGGAAAACCUUUCCCUUGAUUCAAAUUUCCUCUCUGGUGGUUUACCAGAAGAUCUUUUUCAGCUACCAAAGUUGGCUCUACUGACUCUUCAAGAUAACCUGUUUUCUGGGCAAUUGAGCAGCAGUAUCGGUAACCUCUCUAACCUUGUUCGUUUGGAUAUAUCCUCAAAUUGGUUUUCAGGGAAUAUACCGGAUAUUUUUCAUAGCUUUAGGAAGUUAAGAGAUUUCUCAGGGCAAUCCAAUAAUUUCACUGGUCGGAUACCCAUGUCAAUGUCCAAUUCCAGGACUAUUACUUCGCUUAAUUUGAGAAACAAUUCUUUGGAUAGUCCUGUUGAUCUUAAUUGCUCGGCAAUGAUUAGUCUUGUCUCUCUUAAUCUGGGUUCCAAUCAGUUCAAUGAGUUAAUUCCUGACAAUCUUCCCGCUUGUCCACAAUUGAAAUCUAUAAAUCUUGGGAGGAACAACUUUACUGGCCAAAUCCCAGAAACCUUCAAGAAUUUUCAGAGCCUCUCUUACCUUUCCCUCUCAAAUUGCAGCAUCUAUAACAUCUCGGCUGCCCUUGGUAUACUACAGCAUUGUCAGAACUUAACUACUCUGGUUCUUGGAGACAGUUUUUUUAACGAAGUAUUGCCUUCCAAUCCAAGUCUGCAGUUUAAAUCACUGAAGGCUCUAAUUAUUGCCAAUUGUGGACUCACCGGUUUUGUUCCCCAGUGGUUGAGUGGUUGUGGCAAUUUGCAGUUAUUGGAUUUGUCCUGGAAUCGUUUGGGGGGGACAAUCCCAGCCUGGUUCGGCAGUUUGCAGCAUCUUUUUUACAUGGACUUAUCUAACAACUCUUUUAUUGGGGAGAUUCCGAAAGACCUUACCGGGUUACAGAGCCUCAUCUUUUGGAAUAUGUCAUUGGAAGAGUCUUCCUCAGGUUUUGUAUUUCACAUUAGAAGGAGUACUAGCAGAGGGUUGCAGUAUAAUCGAAUUUGGACCUUUCCGCCAACUCUGGAUCUCAGUAAUAACUUUCUCACUGGGCCCAUCUGGCCAGAAUUUGGGAAUUUGAAAAGGUUACAUGUAUUGGACCUCAAAAGCAACAAUUUAUCGGGUACCAUUCCAAGUAGUUUGGGAGAUAUGACAAACAUAGAGAAACUGGAUUUGUCCCAUAACAAUCUCACCGGAUCAAUACCUCCUUCUUUGGAGAAACUCAGUUUUAUGUCCAAGUUCAGUGUUGCUUACAAUAAACUCUCUGGGCCAAUCCCUACUAGAGGCCAAUUUGCUACCUUUCCGAACUCAAGCUUUGAGGGAAACCAAGGUCUAUGUGGUGAAUAUGCUGCCUUAUGUCAGACUACGGACCACUUUCCUCGGGAGCCAGCCAUCAAACCACAAAAAAAGAAAGUGAAUAUCGAUGGAAUGGCUUUUGGAAUUGGAUUUGGCACAGCUUUUAUUCUUGCUUUCGUGAUCAGCAUGUUUGCGGUCAAGAAGUUGAUCCCAAAAAGGAGGUACCCGAUGCCAAUGAAAGGUAUAUUGAAGAAUUCCGUUCUUGAUUAGUGGGUUUUUUUUUUUCCCAAAACAAUGAGAAUAAUAAAGAGCUCUUCCCUGGUGACCGUCUGACGUGUCAUAGAUCUAAGAACAAACGUUACUCUGCUCGUAGUCCUGCAAUGUCUAUAUUUACCUUUUAGAUACCAUGUACUUCAAUUGCAUGCAACUUGGGCAGCCCUAUUUAAAUGUACAGCUGAUGUGCAGCCUACUCAGCAAUCAAUCACCCUUAGCACAGCAGUCUAGUGAAGAUCCAAGCUCACCAAAGGAAGUUACACGUGAAAGGACAAAGAAUGUUCAAGUGCUGAGCUGGAAGUUUGUUAGAAUAGCUUUCAUUGUGUAUAUAGCAUUUAAAUGUUUAUUAUGUUGUUUCCUUUCUUAGGUGUCACUCUUGUGACUUGUAUAU